UUGAAGAUCAUCCCAAACAAAAUUUGAAAGGGAAAAUGAAAAUGAGGAAUUGCAACCUCUGUUUUUUCACCAUCAGUAUGAUGCUCAUCUUCUUGCAGUUGCAGCACCACCUGGUGGCUUGUUCAUUAAGCCCCCACUUGCAGAAACUUGCCUUGUUCCACUUUAACCAAACCUUCACAAUCACUCCUGGGGAUUGCGAGUAUUAUUCCUACAAAGACGAAGAAUUUUACGAAAUUCCUUCACGGGCAAAGACAAAGAACUGGAGCAUGAGUUCUGAUCACUGCACAUGGGAUGGAGUUAGCUGCGACGACAAGACGGGGGACGUAAUUGGACUGGAUUUAACUUGCGGUCAGCUGGUAGGAGCCAUACACUCAAACAGCACUCUUUUCCAACUCUCUCAUCUUCGCUUCCUCGACCUUUCUUACAAUGACUUUUCCCUCUCCGAUCAGUUCCCUCAGGAAUUUGGCUUCUUUGCAAAAGGAUUGACGCAUCUCAACCUCUCUCGUACUGGAUUAUCAGGGAGAGUUACCUCAGGAAUCUCUCAUUUGCAUAAACUGGUCUCACUUGAUCUCAGUGAGAACUUUGAAGCUGAACUUGAAGCAGAAGUGUUUAAAUCACUAUUGCAGAAUUUAACGCAUCUCAGAGUGCUUAAUCUUCAUGAAGUUAACAUCCCAUCUGUUUUGCCGGUGAAUAUCUCUACUUCUCUAAGAGUUCUUCAAUUGUCGUAUACUCAUAUACACGGAGUAGUACCGCAAGAAGUUUUCCACCUUCCCAACUUGGAAUUACUUGAUUUAUCAAAUAAUCACGACCUGAGAGCUACAUUAUCCAAAGUUAAGUGGGGAAGUAAAGCUACUCUCCAAUACCUUCAUCUUUCAUACAUCAACAUAGAUGGAGGUAUACCUGACUCAAUAGGCUUUUUGGAGUCAUUAGUCAGUUUAGAUCUGCUCGACUGUAAUUUGUCUGGGACGAUGCCAAGAUCCAUUGGACACCUCGUUCAACUUACUCACUUGGACCUCUCUUUUAAUAAUCUCAAUGGCCCAAUUCUAACUUUUUUUACAAACCUUACUGACUUAAGAUAUAUGUCCCUUGGGCUUAACAAUUUUACUGGUCCGUUUCCCUCUUUUCUUGCCCACUCUAGUAAACUAGUUGAGUUGUAUCUUUAUGGUAAUAGGUUUACUGGAUCCGUACCUCGUUCGUUGUUUCACCAUCCAUCGUUAGAGUUCUUGAAUUUGGCAUAUAAUGCAUUCACAGGUCAACUCCAUGAAUUUGAUUCUUCUCGAUCUCGGCUGCAAUCUUUUUCUUGUUCCAGCAAUUUACUCUAUGGAUCCAUUCCUCAUUCAUUUUCUCAACUUGUGAAUCUCACUGAACUAGACUUUUCAUCAAACAGUUUCAGCGGGGUUUUGGAUUUGGAAAUGUUUUCAGGCCUCGGAUUUCUAAAACGUCUUGAUCUUUCUCAUAACAGUCUUUCAGUGAGAAGUACAAUUACGGACACUCUCCCUCCCAAUCUUUACCACUUGGACUUGUCAUCAUGUAACAUGAAAGAGUUUCCUCACUUUUCAAGAGAUGCACACAUCUUCCUGGAUUUUGUAGACCUAUCAAACAAUGAAAUUGAAGGGGAAAUUCCACACUGGAUUGGGUCGAUAGGGAGGUACUCUGUCUACUAUCACAUCCCCUAUCUGAAUCUUUCUCACAACAAACUAAUAGGCGGUCUUGAGCAAUUGCCUUGGGGUCAUAUUAGGUUUCUUGAUCUCCAAUACAAUAAGCUGAAUGGAUCAUUGCCCACCUUGAUGUGUAAUUCCAGCUCUCUUUAUAUUCUAAAUCUCUCUCACAACAAUUUGAGUGGUGUACUACCCAGUUGUCCUACAAAUUUGACUCGUCUUUCAGUGUUGGAUCUGCGGAGGAAUAAAAUUCAGGGAAACAUUCCAGCAACCUUGUCAAAUUUCCGUAACCUGGAAACUAUUAAUUUGAAUGGAAACCGAUUACAAGGAAGCAUUCCUUCUUCUUUUGCUGAAUUUGAUUCUUUAGCCAUUCUUGAUCUUGGAAAUAAUAAGAUAAAUGAUACAUUCCCCCGGUGUUUGGAAGCUCUUCCAAAUCUUCAAGUUCUUGUUCUCAAAUCAAACAAGUUUUAUGGUCUUAUAAACACUAGUUCUAAGAUUGUAUACCCAUUUCCUAGAUUGAGAAUCAUUGAUCUGUCGGACAAUGAGUUUUCCGGUCCACUGCCAGCGAAAUACUUCAGAAACUUCAAGGCUAUGAUGAAUAGUGAUGUAAGCAAAAUAGAUCGCAGUUAUAUGAAUUAUAGUUCCUAUUACAGUGAUUCCACGACUCUGGUGAUUAAAGGAGUAGACAUGGAGUUGGUAAAGAUAUUAACUAUUUUUACAACCAUGGAUGUCUCAAGGAACCAUUUUGAAGGGGAGAUUGUAGAAUCAAUUGGAAAUCUGGUGUCACUUAGACUUCUCAAUUUAUCUCACAAUCAUCUCAGAGGCCGCAUACCAUUCAUGAUUGGAAAUUUGUCAAUGCUGGAAUCACUAGACCUCUCAUUCAACCAACUUGAAGGAGAAAUUCCGCAACAGCUCACCAGUAUAUAUACACUUGAACGUCUUAAUCUGUCAUGCAACCAACUCAGUGGUCGUAUUCCACAAGGUUCUCAGUUUAAUACAUUUGAUAAUGAUAGCUAUGCUGGUAACUUGGGGCUGUGUGGAAAUCCAUUGUCCAAAAAGUGUGAACCUGAUAUUGUGGAGAAAGAAAGUGACGAAGAUGAGGAUGAUGAUUACUUCUUUAGUGGAUUUACUUGGGAAGCGGUGGUGAUUGGAUAUGGGUGUGGAGUGGUGCCUGCAUUUAUCACUGGCUACCUGAUGUUGUUGGCACGGAAACCAAAAUGGUUUGCUGGAAUCAUUGGCAGGGAAUUGGGCCUGAAGAUCAGGAGGAUGGAGAUUAGAAUGCGAUAACUAAAGAUUGGAGAGGCAUGAACAUUUUGGCAUGUAAGUUGAUGGGACAAGCAGGAUUCAGAUGCACAUGAAUCAACUACUUCGGUGUUGUAGGCAGCUAGGUUAAUAAACCACUACUUGAGCUGUUAAGCAUCUUUGGUCAUUUUAAAUAUAAAUUGUACAAUAAAAGAUACUUACUCUGCACAUAUUCUAAGUUCCAUAUACAAGUUCUGUAUUGUUUAGUUACUCUGCACAAACUCUAAGUUAGUUUCAACCACUGGGGUGUAAGCAGCCAAGUUAAUAAACCAGCAGUUUCUGUAGCUUUCACAA